AUGGCGGCGGGCGGAGCGCGGGGCCGGGGCAGCACAGAGGCCCGCGGCCCGGCUCUCCCAGGACGGCAGCGGCGGCGGCCUCCCGGGCGCUGUGUGAAGGGGUCUCUGGAGAGCGGGCGCCCGGCAACCGCCUCUGCACAGACCGCGGGGGAAGAGCCGCCGGCGGCCCGCCGCCAGGAGCGGGGCGGCCCCCGGACGCCGAGCCUGUGUUCUUCACGCAAAGCAGCUGACAGACCCUCCAAGAGGCUAAAAUGUGAAAAAAACAGUCUAGUAAAAUCAGAACUAGAAGGACUUACAUGUGGAAGUGAAAACCUUGCUGCAUCAGGGGAAACACCUAAAACAUCCGAUGAGGAUCGACGUUCAGAAGAUCCAGGAGACUAUAAUAUGAUUCAACAGAAAAAAGGUGAAAGCAUUCCAGAGACAAAGGAAGACAAACAGGAAGAGGAACAUGAUGUUUCUUUCAAGCCACAUGCAGUGAAAUCAAGCAGUGCUCCAUCAAAAAUGGACAGUGAUGAAAAUCUGCACAAUCAUGUCUGCAGUGAAGAGGAGAGCAGCUGUGAGAGUGUACUUUCAGACGGGUCUAGCUUGGAGGAUGCAGAUUUCCCGGAGAAUCCGAUACAACUAGAUGGUAGUGCUUUCUUGGAUGAAGACAGCAACCAGCCAAUGCCAGUGCACCGGUUCUUUGGAGAUGUCGAGUUCAUACAGGAUCUCCCAGCAGUUGCGCUCCCAAGCACAACGAUGAGCAGGCGAGAAUUCAGAAAACUACAUUUCAUUGCAAAGGAAGAUGAAGAGGAGGAGGAGGAAGAGGAUGCUGCCUAAUAACAAACUGUAAACACAUGAAACCUUUUUUCUUUUUCUUUGCAACCACAUAAUGAUCGUCGGCUGUGUCACUAACAUAAGAUGUGUGCGUUUGCCUUUUCUCAGAGAAGAACUGGUAGAGUUUGUUUUUCUGGACCUGGCAGAUAGAGUAUUCUUCUACGGUUAUCUAGGGCAAAGAUUGACUGAAUUUUCAGUGACUUGGAAAUAAAUUGUACUUUAUCAUUUUACCACUAAUAUUUAGGAAAAAAACAGGGAAAAUAGAAGUUCUUAUUGCUUUUUCCUAAAUUUGAGCCCCUAUCUAGGGUGAACAUUUGCUCUCACUCCUUUUUUAAAAAAUAGCCAAGAAAACCGUUAGAACAAGGUCCUUUUUCUUUUAAUUCUGCCAUGUCUGUUAGUGUGGCAUCCAGUUAGUAAUGCAGCCAGCUGACUACCCAGUACAAAGAGGGACACCAGCCUCUGUUGUUGAAGUUGUGUUGCAUCGUUUACAUCUAAACCAGAACCAAUUAAACCUCUAAAACACAGUUCUGCUGGCAAAACUAAAUGCAUGGAUGUCAGUGUGAGUUCAGUGGUGUUAAUCUCUGGAUGUCACAUAUGUUUUUAUCGCAUGUCAGUUCUCUGAACAACCACCACGUGAAGCUGACUGCUUCCCUCUUCCACCAGACCAGCCGUAAGCACUGCCUUUUUUAAGAGUUGUGCAAAGCAGCUUGUGCAGUAUUUUCAGUUAAGUUCCAAGGGUUAUGAAUAUGAAUUUUGUAAACAAACAUACUGGUGGUGAUAAAGGAGGAAUAAAAUCUCUCAGUGUCAGACUCGGUAGAUGAACCAGCAUUGACUGCUAAGGAUACAGGUCAGUCCACCAAAUCUCUUAUUUUGGCCUGCAUUUUUAGAAAAUAAUGAGCAACCUCAGAUAAUUUCAGGAACUGUUA